AUGCCCAUAUUCGCUCUCCCCGAAGACACCAGGCGCUUACUUGGCUCAGCUCUGGUCAUAACCUCGCCCAUUUUUCUCGUCAAAGAGUUGCUGGACAACGCACUCGACGCCGGAGCAACAACGGUCGAUAUCCUGAUUUCUCCAAACACCGUGGACAGGGUCGAAGUCAGAGACAACGGCAGCGGCAUCAGUCCGAGCGACUUUCACCAUCUUGGACGGCCAGGACAUACUAGCAAGCUCUCGUCACUCAAAGAUCUUGAGUCUGUUGGCUGCAAAAGCCUUGGAUUCCGCGGCGUAGCUUUGGCCAGUGCUGCCGCUCUGGCUGGAAUUGCAAUCUGCACCAGAACAUCGGCUGAAUCGGUGGCAACUAUCUUACAUUUCUCAAGAGAAGGUGUCGCUGCUGCUCGUGGACACAAACCCGCUCCUGCUGGCACUUCUGUUUGCGUCACUGAUCUUUUCGGUGCGUAUCCAGUCAGACACAAGAGAGCCAUCGGUGAGGCGACUGCGACAGUUCUGAAGGUCAAAGGCCUCUUAGAGUGCUACGCUUUGGCGAGGCCUCAGGUCAAGUUAUCUUUCAAGGUCCUUGGCGGAAAGCAAUCGUGGUCCUAUGUUCCGACUUCCGGUGCCGCCCUCAAGGACGCUGUUGUCCAGGUAAUGGGCCGAGAGCUGGCAGCUCAAUGCAUGCUUCAGACUUCACCAUUCCCUGUAUCCGAUACCGAGACGAAAAUCCCACAGACCUGUAGUCUCCCUUUGGCUCAGCAGCCAUCCAAGUUUGUAUUCGAAGCCUAUCUCCCUACCACUACGGCUGAUAUUCGAAAGAUUUGCAAGGGUCCUUUCAUCUCGGUUGACUCUCGACCUCUUUCAUUCACUCGAGGAACUGCCAAGAAGUUGAAGGCCGUCUUCGAGAAGCAUUUCAAGGGGUCCCUGAUCCCCGAAAACUCAUCAAAACUUCCCGGAAGCCCGUUCAUACGACUCGAUAUCAGAUGCCCUCUUGGGUCCUAUGACCCGAAUGUCGAACCAUCAAAAUACGACGUUCUCUUUCAUAACGAAGAGUUGGUGCUUCGAGAGUUUGAGAGUUUCUUGUUGUCAAUCUAUCCCGCUAAGCGCAAUGACGCCGGUGCUUCUUCCAUGGACUUAUCAACGGAAGCGAAUGGAUGUGUAUACGAUACCGGCGUAGCUGAUGAACACAUUUCAACGCCACAGGUUGAGACAGUACGGGCAGACAGUGGGCCUAGGAUCGGAUCCCAGAGAAAGCGCCCAGUUACCCCGUCGAGAAAUGACAGAAGACUAUCCAUCUCAAGUACUGCGCCCUUAGUGCAGUCAUGGUCUGUCGAUAUGUCUGCGGGUGACGGGGCCCUCGGUGAUGGGGAUGAUGAUCUUGAUGUCCCGACACAGACUGGUAAAGGAGCGGCUCCCACAACACCUCCGACCGAUGAAGAACCCCCAAACCAGUCAAAGGAGGGCCUAAAUCCAUGGACAAUUGCCAAAUUGGUAGCCCCUCGGCGGCAGACACAGCGAAACCUAAGCAGUCCUACACGGGAAAGUGGGCAUGUUGGUCCAGAUGAAGUGCCGCCUCCCAGAGGGCAACCGGUGGAAGUGCCAGGACGGCGAGGCAACACACAAGAUCAACCUCUCCGGAAAACUCAGCCAACGGUCGAGAACAACCGCACGACCACAAGGACCCAAACCUGCAAUGCGCUGCUGAAUGUUGGGGAAGCACAUUCCCAGCCUGCUAAUCAACGCAACAGCAAACCAACAGUGGCUUUGGAACAAAAUCCGUAUACAACACAAGGGUCUGGUAGACGACCGGCGGAUAGACGCUCCUAUCCAACGGAUGCUGGGCGAAGCCUUGGGAUGGUACAAUCUAAACUUUCUUUUGGCGGAGGCUACUAUAAACGGCAACGGAAAACACAGACGAAUGAGAUCCACGAGCUUGAGCCACUCGAAAACACGGUCCCAAAUGCGAACGGUGGUUUUGUCAGGCCCAACCAGCCACUCAUGGGGUCGCCUGGUCAGCAUACUGGCAGAAGAACCAUGGACAACACACGACGGAGAACUAUAGCCCAAACUAAAGCGAAUAGUCUGACUGAUAUGCUGAGCGGCGAAAUGCCUGUCAAAUCAAGGACGGUCGACGACCUAUCAUCAUCUAUCGUGGAGGGCGAGGAGGGUGUUGAAGCAGCUUUGCCGACGAACGAUCCUAGAGGUUACUUGAUACGGAGACAACAGUCACUUGCAGAUAAGUCUCAGAGGAGAAAGAUCCAACGCCUCAAGACAAACCUACUACCACUGGAAACCACGCCUCUAGGAUUCGAAACACACCAGCUUGCGUUGACGCUUCUUGUUGACCCGCAGACACUAGCCAGAAGUAUGGAAAGGACAUCUUUACUCGACAGCUACUUAAUGGAAGGCGCAUUGGAAGACACAUUGGUGAACAGUAUAAGUCCCGAGGAGAUUACCGCACUGGAAAGCCGAGUCAAGCUUCUUUUGUCACAAACGAGGCAUCAGUCGUAA